GUUUGGUAUUUCAUAAAGUAUGUUGACCACAGUGCUUGAAUGAUGAGUAGUUAUAAAUGACCUACUAGGGUGGAGCUUUCCAUUUUACUUUGAAGGUCUUCACAGGCAGCUGUCUCUCCUUGCUCUGAUGCCAGAUUGUGAGCUUGAGUCCAAAGCAGUAACCAGGGGGACUCAGGCUCCUGUAGAUUACAUCCAGCCAGGGGAAAUGGAUCAGUACGAAACAACUUCUGAGAAAGAUAAAAUAAACCGUCUUUCGGUUGUGUCUGAAGAUGAGGAAGACCAUGAAUCUGCAUUGACUAUUGUUACAGUUCUUGACAAAGUUGCCAACAUGGUGGAAACUGUCCAGGCUAGUCAGAAAAGAAUUGAGGAACGUCACAGAGAAAUGGAGAACACAAUCAAGACUAUACAGAUUGACCUUCUAAAGCUUGCUCAAGCUCAUGAUAACACCAGCUACACAGUAACCAAGCUGCUGGAAAAGACUCGUAAAGUAAGCUCUAAUGUGAAAGAUGUAAGGUCUCGAGUCGAUAAACAAAGCGAUCAGGUUAACAAAGUGGAAUCAAAACAAGAAGAGAUGCUGAGGAAGAAUAAGUUCCGCGUUGUUAUUUUUCAGGUAAUAACACUAAUGUGAAUAUGUAUACAAUUAUUUUUCAUAAACACAACACAAAACACAAUAAUGUGAAAAUAUAGGUUAGCAGAAAUGCGUGUGUGUUUAUUUAUUGAUUUAGCACCUGGCAAACCUGUGAAUCCCAAUUAGCAAAGCCUUAAAUAUAAACAGUACCAAAAAUAUUUGGUCUUCAUUUUAAAAACUUCUAAACAGACUUCCACCAACACAUAUUCAGGAUUUUGUUUCUUUUACCCAAAUAUGAUUUUCCCUUUCAUUAAUAUGUGUCAAAUAUAAAUCCACUAAUACUUGACUUUUUUCUUGUUGAAUGGCUCUUGCAUUUAUGUUACUGUUUCUUUCAUCAUAAUUUGUGUGCUUUUUCUCUUUGAAACGGUUUAAUUAUUAUCGAAGACAAGAGUAAAAGUACCAUAUAAUUAUUGUUUUUUAAAUUAUUUUUAAAGCUAUAACAAAUAUAUCAAAUAUUGCCAAACAGAGGAGAGAAGACUAAUGAAUAAAAUGUUAUAACAGUUAAAAAAUAUAAUAUGGUCCAUACCUGACAUACUAGUAAGGUACCAUAGCUGCUGUAUAGGAUGCAGCAAAAUAAGGUACUAGAUUGGCUUUGAUACUUUCUUCCUCUUUUGGUCUUUGAAAGAAGCCCUGCACAUUUUCCUUUCCAGCCUUCACAUGCCCAGCAUAUUUAUAUCAUGUGUGUCCUAGUUUGUGAUAUUUCUAAUUAAGGCCUUGAUUUAAUAUUUUUGGAUACGCUGGAUAAGCUUUUUAAAUUAGUUCACAUUUUUUAAGAUAAUAAAAUAGAUCAAUGUAUUAAAAAAAAUUGAAAGAAUUAAAUAUUUUUUAAAAAUUAAAAAUAUUGAAUCGUUUAAAAAGCUUAUCCAAAGAUAUUAAAAUCGAGGACAAAGUCUCUUAAUGUAUAUUUUUAAGGGACGUGUUCUAAUAACUAAUGAUAUGUGCAUAGGUGGAGUGUGGUGUGAUUAUGUAUUUAUUCAUUUAUUUAUUUUUGCAUGUUAGGUGUAAUUUCCUAACUUUUCUGUGACAUCCCAUUGUGCAAUCUAUGGCCAAAUUUCUGUAGACAGGCUCUGCCUAAGUGAUUUUUACUAAUUGGAUUUUUUUUUUCAUUUUAUUUUAAAUACCACCACUAAGCAGAAUUUUAAAUAUUGAUUAUAAUGUAGAACCAGUAAAUUAAAAUUACUCAAUAUACAUUCUCCUUAUGUUUACCUUAAAUAUAUACCUGCCAAAUGGUUCGUUGUCCCUUUAAGGCUAUACUUUAUGAAGAUGAAAGGGAAGCAGUAGUCAUUAAGAUGCACAAAAUCCUAUGCACACAAACAAUUAUCUUGUUGGAAUUUGAAUCCCGUCAUUGUGUUAGCUACUAAGCAGCCUUUUUCCAAUCAGCAUUUAAGUGCAUUAUGUUUAAUUGUUUCCUUGGCUGCUGCACAGACUGCAUAACAUAUUUACACUAAUUUUCCCCUUUGUUACAUUGAUCUCAGUUCAAUUCCAUGUGCCUGUUUUGGCUGUAAUUAUAUUGGCUAAUGCUGCAGACCAUGCAGUCUAUUACAAACAGGGGUGAAUUUCGUAAGCAGGAAUAGUAAUAGAAAAUGCUAACCAGUCAGUUCUAUUUGUUGCCACCGUGUAUGCCAAUAUGUAGAAUUAGACCGAGCAAACGUGUGACUGACACAUACUCUGUUAAUAUUCUAGUAGAAUUAUUUUUAAUAUCAGCUUUGCUAUGUAUAUAUUAGUGAUAGGAAGCAUGGCAGCUGAAACUUAUCUACAUGCCAGUCCUAGCAAGAUAUUAGUUUUAUUGUCUGACAAAUGGUUAAUGUAUGCAGGGAUUGUACAAUGCUUGAGUUUAAUUAAUUAAAUCUUUCUCUAGACAUAAAUUAGGAGAAUAGUGAGAUAAUGGAAAAUGUAAGUUAAACUUGGUCUAUAAGGGGCUAGUCAGAAGGAACAUAGAACUUUGUUAUAAUUAUGAACCAUCACGAGAAAAAUGCACGAGGGCUUUAUUAAUUAAAUAAUUAAUUGUUAAGAAACCAAAUUGCUAAAUAUAGGCAAAAUAGCUGAAUUAUUAGAUUGUGUUUUUACAUUUCCAAUGAAGAAGGAUAACACUGAAAUAAAUUGCGCAUCUGUACUUUUCCCUUCUGUUGAAUGUUGUGAUUUUGCAACACAUGAGUUAAAGCAGCAUUGUUACCCUCCUCACCAUCACCCCCUCAAAAAAUAUUUAAUGGAUAGAAUCUUUAUUAAAUACUUUUGACUGUGUUGUAAUUUUACUGAAAUUCCAAUUUAGUCAAUAGAUAUACAGAGACAAAGUGAGGACUACUUUGUCUUUGUAUUUCUCCUCCUCCUGACUUUCUUAGACUCAAGGUGGAGUUUAAGAGUCAAUCCCGACAGAUGUCACCAGUGCUGGCUGCAGGGAAUUGGCAGUGUCUAUGCAGGAUUCCGCCAGGAGUCUAUUGUGAGAUAGUACAAGUUAUAAGACAGCUUAAAGGGGCUUUCCAUUAUAGCCUUACCUUCAGAAGCAUUCCAUUCUUAUUAGUAGUAGGCACACAGAGUUUCUAUGUGUGCUGCUGUAUUGUGGGGUAUUAUGGGAGCUUUUUAAGAGUUUUUCAGGAUAUUCUUUAGAUUGGGUAGGUACAUAUCUUUAGUAGAUAUUGAUAUAGGAAUAAGUACUCUUAGGGUUUUGAUUAUGUGUGUUAUGGUUUGAAGCCAUCCUAUUUUCACCUUCCCUUUUACUCAAGCCUACUCACUCCUGUACCUAUCAAUAAUUAAUCUCUAAACAUUAGAGGUUAUUCUGGUUGGCCUUACCAUUACACCCACUUUACCUUCACUCAUACGGUGUACAGAAACCUAUUACUAGAUUGGUUCCCUCUCUUCACCUGUGUCCGCUCCCCCUUAAUCUCUAGCUUACAAAACUUAUUUACUCUGUGUAUGCAUUCAUUAUGUGAGUGCUAUAAAGGAUAUUUUUAAUGCCCUUAGUUCCAGACAAUAUAUGAUAAUUUAAUUCAUCUGUGGUAUCCCUAUGUUUUUUUGGUCCUCCCUCUAAUAAAGACCAUUUUGUAUUGAUUUAUCAUUAUUGUAUCCAUUACAUCUAUGACCCCAGUAUAGCGCUCAAUGCUAGGGAUAUUUCCAUCACUUGGGCUAUGUACUCCUUUCCUUCAGUGUUCUUCUUUUUUUUAAAAAUAAAGAAAAUUCCCUUAUUCGCUACAAAUCUACAAUUUCAGCCAUGACGAGAAAUUUGGAAUGCUAAGUAAAUUGUGACCCUCCCACUGUUCGUAGUAAGCUUGUGAGUAUAUUCCACAAAUCCCUGCUCAGCAGAAGUUUAUACGAUAAGAAUUUUAGCACUUGGCAGCAGUUUCCAUUCAUGAAAUGAUCUUCAGUUUGAUUACUGAAACAGUGCAAUAAAUAAAGUACUAACAUUUGUUUGUUUGUAUUUGCAGGAGGACAUUGAAUGUCCAACAAGGCUAACUGUUGCCAAAGAUACAGCAUUGGAUGGUCACCUUAGAGAAAAAUUAUACCCAGAUGACCUUUCUUCUGAUGAGGAAUACAGCGUGCAAGAAAGCAGGACUACACGACUAAAGAAAUCAGGGAUGCAGCGUAUUGACAACAUUAAGAAGGCAUUUUCAAAAGAAAGCAUGCAAAAAACAAGGCAAAAUUUUGGGAAAAAAGUAAGUAAGAUCCGCACAAGGAUUGUAACUCCUGAAAGAAGAGAGAGAAUCAGGCAGUCAGGGGAGAGACUGAAGCAGUCUGGAGAGAGGUUCAAGCAAUCAAUCGCUAAGGCAGCUCCCAAGAAAGACACAUUCAAGAUCAAAAAGAAGGAGAAACAGAGGACCACAGCAGAAGGCCAAGAAGGCAGUAAAGACGAGGAUGUUGAUUCUGCUUCUGAAAAUAUCACUGUUGAACCCAUCUCAGAAGUUACCUAUACUGAGGUUGUGACUGUGAAGAAGAAGAAGAAAAAGAAUGGGGAAAAAGCUGAUCUGCUUCCCCAAGAUGAAGAAAGACCCAAUUCAAGCUUAGAUACACCUCUCCUGAAAUUGGAAACAAAGUUAGAUACCGAUGAAACUCCCCUUGUGGACAUCAAACUGUCAUCAUAAGGAAAACAUGCUACCAUCACUGCCCUUACGUCUUGGGCUCAAGCAGUGACCUUUGGUUUGUGGCUAAUAUUGGUAAUUACCCUCAAUUUCCAUCAUCAUUUUGUAGUCACAAUAACUAUUAGCUUAAGUAAAUACUAAAAUAGAAACCGAGAGAAGAAUUUGAAAAGAAAUAGAAUGUGUUCACCCAUUAUAAUCCUCGCAAUUUAGAAAAGGAAGGAGACCUCUUUCUUCCUAAUGUGUAACAAGGGACCCAACACUGAACAUUUAUCACUAGACACAAUACGAAGGAGAAUGUAAAAUAAUAAUAAUGUACAGUAUAUGUUUAUUCAGAUUAACGCAAAUCAAAUGUCUCAUCGAUAUUAAAAAAUAAAUAUAUGAAAGCUAAUGGAUGUGUCAAAUCAAUAAUAGAUUUAAAGGCACUUGAAAUACUAUUCUUUGUAUUGAAUUCUCUAUUGGUUGUGUUAGCAUGUUGAGGGCGGUCUUAAUGAAGAUUGGCUAAAAGUAAAUCAGUAAGUGACAUAGGUGGUAAAAUAUUUAUAAUAAAUUAAGUAUAGAUCACUUUGUGUAGAAUAUGCAGUAGUGGUCUGAAAUCAGGAAUACAGUGAUCCAUGAAAACACAAAAAUAUUUUAUGAGCUAAACAUUGAAUUAUGGUGAUUUGGAAACUGGAGAGCUACAAGACUUGUGCAAAAAUGUAUUUAAAGCGGUUUAUUUGCAUUUUAAUCCAUACCUGAACAAACAGACCCUUCCGGAAUUUACCUGUGGUGUCAUAUUCAAUGAACAAGACUUGACAGGUAAUUAUCAGAUAUAUUGAUUAUUUCACAUGUGGAAUAAAAGGAAUUUGAUUCUGAUAACCCGCUCCAAACAAAUUUGUGCACAAGUCUAUUUGCUGCUUUAAGGAAAAAGUAGCCCAUUUGGAAAAACUUUCCAAUUUUAGCCUGGAUUUUGUAAUUCCAGUUUCAUUUAAUUUCAAUUCAUUGUUUAGCAAAUUUAGACUAUAUGUUGGUAUGUGUGAUGUUAUAAUUAAAUAUAUAAUUAGAGUUGCAAGCUUGAAGUUUAGACAGCAUUACCCCAAGAUUUUGGUAAAAAUAUAUGUAUAAAACAAUCAAUAAUUUUGUUAAGGGUGUGAUCUUCAGUGUUUUCUUUGUGGAUGGAGUGAAAUAUCUAUAUUUUUUUUCUGGAAAGUUUUAAAUAUUAGAAAUUACGUCUGAUGGCUAAAUGCUUAAAUUAUUACAUUGUACGAGUUCUGUAUUAUAUGUUGGCAGAAUACUUGCAUCGAAUAUAUAGAUUUUACCACAGUUCUUUUCUAGUGAGAUAAAUGUUUUUUAUGUCUGUAAUUCUGUGGAAUAAUCUUAUAACUUGUUUAGUACAUAGGUCUGACUAGCUAUGGAAACAAGUAGGGUUAUUAACCAAAGUGAGAGCUACCGUAUAUACUCGAGUAUAAGUCAACCCAAAUAUAAGUGGAGACCCUUAAUUUUACCCCAAUAAACUGAGAAAACUUAUUGACUUGAGUAUAAGACUAGGGUGGGAACUGCAGCAGCUACUGGUAAAUUUCUAAAUAAAAUUAUAUCCCCCAAAAAUUAUAUUAAUUGAAUAUUUAUUUACAGUGUGUGUAUAUAAUGAAUGCAGUGUGUGUGUGUGUGUA